GAGGUAGGAUGAGAUGAGAUAGGGUCAGAAUGUGGUGGAAUAUACAGUGUUGAGUAACUCGUAUCGCCAAUAAUCGUCAAUCGCCAAUCGCGAUAAAUAUUUACUCCCUAUCCCUACGAACCACCUUGCUAUAAAAAAGGUAGGCAUGUAUGUUCCGAACUCGCAGAGCUUUCAGAGGCCUCUUGACGUUAAAAACAAGUCAACUUUGUUUCUGCAUAAUUCUUGGAUUCUUGGCCAUCGCUGCACACUGCUGGCCAGGUUCGGGAGACUGCGGCCAUUCAUCACAUUGGAGACGUCUUGAGCGAAUGAUAGGGUUUUGCCGUCGCGCGAAUACCCCUGAAAUUAUUUCAGUCCAGAACGCUAAGCCUCGGCCGGCGCCGCCAUACACUAAUUUCUCUCCGGUCACUAUACCGCAUACCACCGAUACACGUCGCGUACGAGAAGCGAUGAGAAGCCAAGCUCAACCAAGUAGCGUUCAAUUCCCUUUAGAAACCGGGUUUGCCGUACCCUAUACUUUCGUCCUUCUUUGUUCUUCUUUGUUCCAACUUCGAGCGCAAAGGGAUGGGAAUCUAUUUACAACUUGAAUCCUCGUGGGUAUUUUCAAACUUGGGAUAGUAAGGUUCAAUGCAGUUUACCGAAUCCACCCCUAAGAGCUUCAAAAAGGGUUGGAUUGUAAUACGCAGCAAACGAACUUCA